ACUAUUUCACUUCUGGGACUUCAGCAUCUCCAACGUGCUCUCAUCUCCUCAUUUUAGAUGGAUUUGUAUGUUACACGUGCGUAAUUACAGUGUUAUUUAGUUGUUGAAAUAUUUUCUCUUGAAAAGUGAGCUGCUUGUAUACUUAACAAAUUGUUUUAAUAAUUCCCUUUUGCCGAAAGCUCAGGAGCUGGCUCUUAUGCCUGAUGUUUUCAAAGUGGGAUAAUUUCUAUGGAUCAAAAUGAAGUGCUGCUGAAGAAUGGAGCAGCGUGAGCAGCAGUGAUGGUUUUCUAUUGCACUGUAAGUGCUGUUGUGUGCCAGAAGACUCUUUACUAAGUGCUGCUUAUUAAAGAAGCCUUGUUGCUUAAGUGUCUAGAAAGCGGUUUAAAAAUACUCAUGCAUGAAAUGUAGUGCUGGUCACUUGCACUGUAGAAAUCAAGGAUUAGGCAAGCUAGAGCAUUCAUGUAACAUCAUUGGCUUUAUUUUCUAAACAGAAUGCAUUUUGCAUUUGAAAUUACUCUUAGAAAUUUUGCUGAUUAGUUUCUUGACCUGAGUGUUUACUCAAGUAUUUACUCAUUUGUGGCAGUAAAUGUUACCUGCGCUUUCUAAGGUAAUUACAGUUUAAAACUCCUCACUCUUCAGUUUAAAGAUCCAGGGAUCAUAUUUUUUCUUUCCCUUUACAGGAAAAGGGAAGCUUUAAAAGUAUCACUGUAAAACACUAAGCAAAAAGAAAGCACAGAGAAGAAAGAACAGAAAUUACAUUGUGUUGAUAGCUUCGUUUGGAGUGCAUUUCUUUAGUGCAGGGACCCGAGAUCCUUGGUCAUUGGAUUGCUGAUAGCCAAAAUUACAGGCAAUUUAAAUUUCAAACUCACAGUUUUAGAGACAUAUUAGACCAAGACGUGAGCAAUAUUCAAGCUGAAAAGGGAAAUCUAGUUGGAUUUCCUGUCUAGUGAGUGCUUACAAUUUUUUUUCCUCCAGUGUCAUUGCGCUUAAAUAAACACAGACCUCUCUUUUCCACGUCAGUCUAUUCAGAUAAUAAUUAUCUGUGUGUGUUAAUCCUGUUUGAGUGUUUAAUUAGCAAAAAGGGAUACACCCUUGGUUUUUCACUUACUUAAAAAUCCUUCUGGCCCCUGGUGGAAGCCACAGCAUUCUAGACCAGCUAACAGCCCUGACUCUAAGAGGUUUAAGAGCUGUGACAGAUGCCUUGGUACAUGCAAGAUGCAUGUUGCACUGAAACCCUUGGAGUUGAGUAGUGGAUGCAGGCUGUCAAGCUGAUCCACCCACUUCUGCCUGUCUAAACCUUAUUGAGCUGAAAAGAAUUUAGAGAAGGCUUCAAAAGUACAGAAACCGAUGGCUUGAAAAUCUCUUUCCCUGGGGAUACAAAAAUGACAUCAAAAUGAAAAAGAAGGAACACCCACUUAAAAUAGUUGGAAGGUAGCUUUGGGUCUAAAAUUCCAAAUUCCCCAAGAAGUAAAAGAUCUCUUAUUUAUUUGAACCUCAUAUUAAUGCUGGGGGAUGUGUGGUUAGUGAGGGGCACUUUUCAACUUUUUCCUGUACACCUCUUAAAAGCAUUGUUGUGUAAGUGUGCACAUAAUUGUAUUUCAAAACACUCUUCUAGUAAUCAUCUGUUAGAAACUCCAACUCAGCAAGACAUUCAAGCACUUGCUACGUUUUCAGUAUUUGCUUUCAUUCUCACAGGGAAACCUAUUGCCUUUAAGCUCACAGAAAAUGUAGGAGGAAGGAAAUUGUCUUAGUGUAAAUAAAAUAAAAGGUUUUCCUGCCAGCAAACCCUAUGAAGUUAUUUGCUCCAAACCGAUUGUGAAUCCCCCUUCCUUCCAGGAAUGGGGACAACAGACAUUGCUGCCUGACUUCUGCCUUGCUUCUGGGAGCAUUCAGUUUUUGUGGAAACCUUCACACCCACAAUUACAAAAGCAUCUGCAGGUCUUGCUGUGUGUUGGAUUUAUGGCAACUCUGUCACUCAGGCUUUCAGUUACCAUGUAAUGCAGAAAUGUAUUAGCAAAGCACAAGGCAACAUACAUACUCUUUGCUUCUUUAUCUUGGUGUAGCUGAUAUGUCAGUUCUGUGUGUCUCACCUAACACCCAUGAAGAAAUGUAUAGGUGUGUGGAAAUGUACUUCUGCAAGAAGUUGUGAGACUACCAGGGGAUCUAGCCCAGCCAGCAUGGGUUUUAGUCCACUGACACUGCUUUUAGUCCACUCUCCAGAAUGUAUUGUGUAUAUUUAAAUAAUGUCAAUUUUUCAGACAUUCACAAAUUACUUUUAAUGCAGUUUUCUUUAAAUCUUGUAAUCUUGUAGUUAGAGCUUGCAAUUCACUUUUGCAAAGGGAUGAAUUCAACUUCACUGAAGCUGUGUCAUUCAAGUUCAGUGACUUGUGCCUCUCUGCAAGUUAUUAAUUGUAAUAUUUGGUUGUCCUGUGCUAGAAAUGCAUUAUGAAAUUGUGAGAUUAAGGUUUUGUUUUGUUUUGCCUUCAAACUGGGAUAGAAUGUUUGAGUGGUUUAAAAGUUGGCAGUUUCCAUAGGAAUAGGUUAGAGCGAAACGUUUUAAGGAGAUCUGCUACCAAGUAGUCAGUUUAAAUAAUGCUGAGCUCAGAGGUGCUCCAAUAUAAUUAAUGAUAUCACAGUCAAAGUCACUAUCUAUAUAGUUUGGGGCACUUUGCAUGCACUGUAUUGCCUUUCUCUUGGGAAGUUUACAUUUUUAGUAGUCUUAAACAGGGUCCCUAAAAAGAGAGGAGCCCUUGAACAUAGAGUUGCCUAAAAGGACACUGAAGCAGAAGUGGAUGAAGUCGCUUUUUCCCAUUAAGAAGAUGCAAGAUGCAGAGAAAAAGGGCACUAAGAGGAGAGCUGCUGGCAAUCUGAAAUGGUGUGUGUCUGCAAGAGGCAUGUAGAAAGGAAGAUACUGAGUCAAGGUGGAGAUACCAGCAGCCUAGAAGCCAGGCUCAUCCUCUGCUAAGCCUGGAUCCCCUGUUUCCUGGGAGAGCACUCUGAUUCAGGGACUUGUCAAUGGUGACCCCUUCCAUGCGUUGUAGGGAGACCCUCAUUCUACUGCUGCGCACACAUUUCUGGGAAUGCUUCACAGGGUGGAGGCAGAAGCUGAGAAGGAGCUGCCUGCCAUAUGGACCUGGCUGGACUUACAGGACACCGAAGCAUGUUUGAGCAUAUGUCACAAAGUGCAAGCUCAAAGGUAACAGAGAGGAAACUGCGUGGGACUUGUCCUCCUGUUGGUCGUGGAAACUGUGGAAAGCAAUGUGUGAAUGCAAGCAGUUGUAGAUCUUCAUGUUUUAAUGCCCGGAAUGAUUUUCACUCUGUACAUUCAGAACACAGUCCUGUGAAGCCAAGGAUUAUUACAGUGGUGAGACCCUGUGGGCAUAUGCUGAGAAAGAUAACCUUGCUUCUGAACAGGAGAUCAGUGCAGACCUUUGAACAGCUGAUGGCUGACAUUUCAGAAGCUCUGGGAUUUCCACAUUGGAAGAAUGAUCGUGUGAGAAAGCUUUACAGUCUAAGGGGCAGAGAAAUCCAAAGUGUUUCUGACUUCUUCAGAGAAGGUGAUGCAUUCAUAGCUCUGGGCAGGGAGCCCCUUACACUGAAGAACCUGGAAGUGGCAAUACAAGAACUUUGUCCUGAAAAUCCGUAUGCUGCCAGUGCAAUUCAGCAGAACGAGGAGCAGUCCCAAAAACUGAAGAGCAGGCUGUGUGAUAAAGCUUCAAAAGUGGAUGGUGGCUUCGAUGAGGUGGAAAUUGCCAAGACCUGCAGUGAUGCUGUGUCUCCCAAAAUGGUAGCUGGAAAAAAUCAAUCCAAGACGAGGCAAGAAGAAAAAAUGAGAACCAAAAAAAAGUGGACCAGAGGGAGUUGGAAUGGUGAACAAGGAGUGAGGCCUUCUAGAAAAGCUCGAGAAGAUGAGAGGUACCUUAACCAAGAUAGGAGUCCUGAGAAAGGGUUAGAAGAGAGUUCAGUGGAGGUACUGAGGUGUGAGAAGUGUGAACGGGAAAGGCAGGCCAGGCAAAAGUUGCAAAGGGAAAGGCAGGCGGAGGCUUCAUUUGACAGCACAGACCUGAAUGCACGUGCGUGUCAGAGGUACCACGUAGAAAGAAAUGCAAAAAUCAGGAAUUGCCAGAAAGCUUCAGAAAUUCCUCUAGAGGAUGAAGACGUUGGCUGGAAAGAUAACUGCUGUAGGAGGACCUGGAAGCCUCUACAUAGGAGUGUUAAUGAAGGACUGGAAAAACAAAAAAGGAGCAUUGAGAAGGAAAGGGAUCUGGAGAAACAUGAAAACCGUGAGAAGGAAGUAGUAAAAAUAAAGAAGAAUGCUGUAGAAGGGCGUCAGAUAGCUCAUGAAAUGAAGGAAGAAAAUGGAAGUAGCUGUGUAACAAACCAAAGUGGUUGGCUAAUAAAAGACACUCCAAGGGAUGCUGAGAAACCAUCUAAAACGCAUAAGGAUGGUAGAGAGGGACAAAGGGCUAAAGAAGAAUGUGCCAGGAGGGAGGGAAAUGCUGUACAUAGGGAGAGUGACAUGACACGACGAGAGAAAACAGGAGAGCGUAGAUUGAAUAAGGAAGAAAACAAGGCUCAGGGACUGGAAAUCACCAGCCGAAGGCAUGCUAUAAAAAGCAGAACUGAUGUAGAAAACCACUAUGAGAUUGGCAGGACUAUUGGGGAUGGGAAUUUUGCAGUGGUGAAGGAAUGUCGCCGCUGUGACUCAAAUCAGAUAUACGCCAUGAAAAUUGUUGAUAAAUCCAAGCUGAAGGGGAAGGAGGACAUGAUGGAAAGUGAAAUUCUGAUCAUUAGGAGUCUUUCUCAUCCCAAUAUAGUAAGCUUAAUUGAAGUAUAUGAGACGGAGGCUGAGAUCUAUCUAAUCCUGGAGUAUGUCCCAGGAGGGGACUUAUUUGAUGCAAUCAUAGAAAGUGUGAAGUUCACAGAGCACGAUGCUGCUGUCAUGAUCACUGACCUGUGUGAAGCCCUGGUGUAUAUUCACAGUAAGAACAUUGUCCACAGGGACCUCAAACCAGAGAACCUUUUGGUUCAGCACAACGCAGAUAAGUCUACUACACUGAAACUAGCAGAUUUUGGCCUUGCAAAGCUGGUUACAAAACCCAUAUUUACUGUGUGUGGAACACCAACCUAUGUUGCCCCUGAGAUACUUGCUGAGAAGGGCUAUGGGCUCGAAGUAGAUAUGUGGGCAGCUGGUGUGAUCCUUUACAUUCUGCUCUGUGGUUUUCCCCCAUUUCGCAGUCAGGAGCGUGAUCAAGAAGAGCUGUUUCAAAUCAUACAGCUGGGUCACUAUGAGUUCCUUUCCCCAUACUGGGACAAUAUUUCUGCAGCAGCAAAAGACCUCAUUACCAGGCUGUUGAUAGUGGAUCCCCAGAAGCGCUACACAGCACGGCAAGUACUUCAGCAUCCUUGGAUCAGAACAGCUGGAAAAACUAACAACAGAAAUUUGCAAAGGGAAGUAACGAUAAACAUUGAGCGUCAUUUCCGGACCCAGCGCCGGAAGGAGGCUGUGGAUAAAGACACGUGAAAUCAAUGAGUUCAUCUACCCUUCUUUUUUAUUAAUUAAAAAAUUAUUUAUGUUUUCUAAAUGGAUUUGGCCUUUAGUUUAUGGAUUUUGCUGGCAAUUGCUAAUGCCUCUCUUUUGUUUUUGUUGAUUCUGAGAUUCUGAAGAAGGACAGAGGUCAAAUUUGCAUCCACCUCCCUGUAUUUUUACUUGCAAGUGUCUCUGACAGCAGUGGUACUAAAUAUUUCCCAGAAGGUAUCUGUUAUUUUGAACUUAAUGUAUAUCUUUUUUAGAUUACAAAUGUUUCUUUUUGUCUAACUUCAGUGAUGACUGUGAAAUGCUUUCUCUUGUCUCCUUUCAUAUGGCAUCUUCUUUCAUGAGUUCUUCUUUUUGCUUUGAAGUUGUGUUAUGUUUGUAGCAUUGUCAAAAUAGCUGUCUGCUCACACAUUUGGCGCUAAUACUCUGAACUGAUUUCUCACCAGUUCCUGCUAGCAAUUUAGAAGGUGAGAGAAAUAUAAAUAAAUGAAUAAAUAUUUAGCUAUAGGAUAUGUAAGAUAAAAAAUACUAUUUAUUAAGUUGUGAGGGGAAAAAGAAAUCAUUAUAGUUGAAAUUAGCUAUUCUAUGAUAUCUCCCUUGGCAACAUCUUUUCAUGGGGUGUUCUCAGGAUCAGAGUUCUGUUAAACUGCUGUAGUUUGUAUAGUACAAUAGUUUCAGUUCUUUACAAGAAGAAGUGGGAAGAUACCAUGGCUGAUACUGCUUCAAGACUGUAAUACCUUUUACAGUGCUUUUCUUCUGUUCUGGAAAGUGGGAAGUUAAUGGUGCUGAGGAAGCAUUAGUUCUUUUCCCAAAAGUAUAUUUGUAGAAUUUUAACCCAAGCUUUCUUCUCAUACUGAAUUCUUUCUUAGGAACCAUCCACAUGGAUCUGUGACUUUUUCAAGUUGAUGGAGAAUAGAGAGCUGGGAAGCUGCUUCUUUGUCUUAAGUUAGCUCUUACCUUCAUGGUUUCCUUGUUAUCAACACGAUUCACAGUUGAAUUGCUUUUAUACACUUUUCUGUGUAGUUCAACAAACUCCUUUUUUCCAGGUUAUCUUUGAGGACUCUAUCUCCUCAAUUCCACGAGAAUGCACAAUGGUAUGAAAUGACAUUACAAUUCUACUCAGGAAAAACAAUUUCUUGUUAGUCUAUGGGAAGGUUUCCCAAGGUAUGUGUCAAAUGCUUCAUUGCUUAUGUUACUUAUAACUGGAGUUUUUAAGAAGUCUGGUGGGGAACGUUACCAUCCAGAGAAAGACCGUGACCUGGGAGAUCUUUUGAAUCUCAGAACUUUUGGUUAACUAAUCGAAUCAAAAAAGCACUUCAGUUGUCUGAUAACGCUUUGUCCAUGAGUUGUAUGGUAGCAAAUAACACAAUAAAACUACCAAUUCUA